GACAUAAUCCUCGGCUAAGAGGAGGAGGGAUUGAGAUUCAAGGACCCUCAUGAGAGAAUAAACUGGAUCCAUUCAUCCAGUCAAUCUACUUUUGAUUUUACCUCGGCGGUUUUCGGAGCGAAAGCACGAUAUCUUUACUCCGGAUCUAUAUCGGCAUACAUCCCAUCCAUUCAUCACAUAUGAUAUUUUCUUUUCUUUUCUUCUUUGCUUCUUCCCACUCGCUUAUAUAUAUAUGUUCUACAUAUGCACAUGCAGGACACAGAUCAUUGACGUGAUUCUACUACUAUAGGAACUUAACAUACUACCAUCACUACUUAUAAACUCUGUUCCUGAUCACCAUAUACUACUACUCUUACCUCCAUUCUACAAAAACAACCAACAACUUCACUUUACUUCCUCUACAUCAAACUAAGAAAGUGGAAAACAACCAAAAUGUCUCCCUCCCGCUGUCCAACACCACCCUCCACAUCCACAUCCACCUCAACAACAACAACAACUACAACUACAACACGGAGACCUCAUCUCUCCCUCCCUCUCUCCCAAGAUACCAUCUCCCGCGCCAUCCUCUCCGCCACAACACACAUCCCCAAGGCGAUUCAUACCAUCGAUACUACUACCACUCCUACACCUCCCACCUCUCCAUCAUACCACACAGAAGGGAAACUACCCUUGGAGUGGGAAUUCCCCCUGCCGCCACCGCCGCCUCCGUCGCCUGUGGAGAUGAGGAGGUUCUGGGCUUGAAGCUUUCCCUUUCCCCUUCUUCUUCUUCUUCUUCCAUGAUACUACUACUACUAUAGUAUGAUGGAUGAAGCUAGAUUAGGGGGCUUAGUGGAUGGGAUCUGUUGAGGUUGAUUGAUUAAUUUCUACUACUACUUUCAUUGACAUUCAUUUGAAUAUUCAUGGAAUGGGGUUUAGCGUUGGUUGAUUUGUUGGUAUUGGGUUUGGAUAAUUGCAUCGCUCUCAUGGAUGGUUGGUCGGAUGGAUGGGAAUUGGGGUGUUUGGUGAUUGUGUGUGAUUGAUUACUUGUUUUUUUUGUUUGUUUGUUUUUGUUUCAAGUGUUCGGGUUUGAUUUAGCUGUCUAUUUGUUACUGUUUGAAGUUA